AUGGCUGAAGCGACUCAACCACCUCCCGUCGAGAACAAGAACAACACCACCAGCGCUCGCCGCAGGAGUUCUGGCUGGAUGCCUGCCUUCGAAGGCCUUCAACAGCACCAUGGUUCACAGGCGAACGUCACCCGUCGUGAGAGCAUGUCGGAUCAACAACCCAAAGGCGGAAUCUUCUCGCAGUUCUUCCACAACAACUUUGGACGUAACGCUAAAUAA